AAAAAAGAAAGAACCAAAACCUCUACAGAACGAAACGAACCGUUUUGAUUCAAGUUUAUAUUUCCUCGUUAAUUUAUCCAUAAGUCAAUCCGUCGAAGCUUCUCGGUAGUCGAAACUGACCCAUGGCAGCCGCUGUUUGUGGAAGUAAAAGAUCGUUCUUCGAAGAUAUUACUGCUUCGCCUCCCAUUUCCAAACGGCUCCGCUGUGGCUCUGCUUCUCCGACUAAGCUCUCUCCGCCGCUGGAAACGCUCCUCGAUCAGCUUCGAGCGGUUUUUCCUCAAAUGGAUCCUCAGCUUCUAGAAAGGGUGCUGGAAGAAUGUGACAAUGAUUUAGAUUUUGCAAUCAAGAAGUUGAAUGAGUUUUGUCUAGGAACAACUGAGGAGAAGUUGGACUCUGUGGAAGAAUUAAAUGCUAGUGCUAAUCAAGGUAAAACUGCCAUGGAUGAAAAUGCUACUGCUUCUGACUGUCCAUCAGAGCCAAACAAGCUUCCAGUUGAUGGUGCAGAGUGGGUGGACUUGUUUGUGACAGAAAUGAUGAGUGCUACUAAUAUGGAUGAUGCCAAAGCCCGUGCCUCAAGACUGCUGGAGAUUUUAGAGAAAUCCAUCAUGACGCAUACUGCUGAUGAGGCAUCUCGAAGUUUUCUGAAGGAAAAUAUGAUGCUGAAGGAACAAAUUGAAAUAUUGAUCAGAGAGAAUGCUGUACUCAAACGUGCUGUGGCUAUUCAACAUGAACGUCAGAAAGAGUAUGCUGGUAAAAACCAAGAGUUGCAACAUUUGAAACAAUUGGUCUCUCAGUAUCAUGAACAAUUGAGAACUCUGGAGGUAAACAACUAUGCAUUGACAAUGGACUUGAGACAGGCUCAGCAGUGCAGCUCCAUACCUGGACGAUUCCACCCGGACAUCUUCUAAUAAAAAGUAAGACUAGAGAAAUGGAAGUUCAGUCUAUUGCAAUAGCACCAUGACAAGUGAACUACAAUGUCUUAUGAUUUUAUAUUGUCUUGGUCAUAGAUGCUGUCUUCUUUACUGUCUCCCAGUUCAAUAUACAUGCUGUGGCACAGAAAAUGUGUUAAUCAAUUUCCAGUUUACUAAAAAACUUCCAAAAGUUGAAAAAUCAGUUUUGUUGGAGUUAUUUGAUUAUCAUGUUGAGUCCGUCUACAAAUUUGGGAUUUGUUAUUUUCUGUUGGCUAAUCUAUUUGUGCCUUGUCUUGCAUGUACUUUUAUCUUAUAUGAAAUGCCAAAUGGGGAUAAUUCGUGGUAA